AAACAGGUUUGUUAAUUCUUUUUUGUAGAAUUCAGUGAUGGUACAACAUUGGCGUAAAUUAAAUGAAGGAGGAAUUCUGGAAGAACCGUUAGCACGGCAUUUGUGGAGAAAUGAACUCGAAAGCAGUGAAGAUGAUGACGACAUUGUUUUUAAAGACUUCAUUGAACUUAUGAAGGAAUUUGGACUUCUCUUUGAAAAGUUCAAGGAAGCAGAAUCAAAAGAUGGCGCUCGACUAUUUGUUGUUCCAUCUCGAAUGAAGACCAAAAAUGAUGAUAGAUUGGAAGUAAAGGAAGAUGAUAAGCAGACAGUAUCCAUCUAUGUGACACCUAAGGACUUUCUCCCCGACGCCGUCUACGAUAUCUUGGUCGUCAGAUUUGUGAGUUUGAGUCAAGAGAAUGGUUAUUGUGAUGACCCAGAAUUGUUUCAGAAUCAGGCUAAAAUUAUAUUCGAUGAUAAGCAUUACCUAAGACUAGGUCGAAUAUCAAUUGAUAAUAAACGUUCUUUGAAGCUUGAAAUAUCACGGAUGAAAGAGAGAGACGCAGACGGCACAAACAUGUCAGCGUGCAAGCCGCACCCUGACGUCUGUAAGAAGGUUUUGCAGGUUUUAAGGCAACACCUAGGAUAUCCGUCUAAGAGUGUUGUCGGCUAUGCUCUGAAAAUCCUUUGCUUAGUCUGUUCAAACACUGAGGAACCACACUUUCAAGAACUUGAGUACUGCUUAAAGAAUGAGAAUAUGAAUUGUGAUAAAACAGGUGAACUUAUAACGAUGCCAGCAGCUAAUGUAAAGAAGCUAUUUGCAGCUGGUAUUCUACAUCAAUCCUCGGAUACUGCUGAUCAAUCCUCGGCUACUGCUACGCCUCAUCAAUCCUCGGCUACGGAUACAUCUCAUAGGUUUGCAUGCUCAGAUAAGGACUUCAGUAUACUUAAAUCUGUUGUUUCAAAGUGGUAUGACCGCCACAAAAGUCUUCCUAUGCUGAAAGUGUUGUUUAGAGAUCAUGUGGAACGUGGCGCACUGUCAACAGUAAAUAAUACGAUGGACUUGCUUAAUCAUUUGGUUAGGCUUGGUCGUCUGCAUUCACAGAAGCUUGGACUCUUGUUUGAUACUAUUAACAUAACCCAACAUUUUGGUCUUUCAUUGGAGAUUAAAAAAAUGCUGCCAUCAUUCCCAGAUGAAAAAGAGGGAAACAUUUUCAAAGAAUUCACACCUCACAGACAAACUCUAAUGAGGAUUGGAAUGGCACUGACCCCAGCCGAUGUGAAGAAGAUUGAUGGAUUUUAUAAUACGCCUUGUGAGAAGUAUACAGACGCCUGGGAAAUGAUCACAGAUCUAGAAGAUGGAAUGAAAAUCAGCAAAAGAAAUAUGAAGGAAUUCACUAAUAUUCUGGAAAACUCAGGCGGGAAUUAA